AGAACAGCAUUUUGGGAACCAGCUGAUCAGAGCUGUGGUAUUCUGCCACAGAGUCAGAGGGGAGAGGGGAGCGUGACUGGAAAAAAGAGAAGAGAAGAUAGAGAAAGCAGCGGAAGUCUUUGUGAUUUAAAGAGCCAGAAAAAAAUACAAAUAGAAGAGUGGAAAAGAAAUGUCUCCUUCUUUUCCUUGUGAACUGGGAAGUCAUGUGAAAGGAGAAGGUCUGGGGAGAGAUGUGAGAGCUGUUGGCAGGGUGGAAAUCUGAGGAAGACACACACAGAAAAGGAUCAGUCCAGUCACUGGAAAGCAGUCCUUGGCCGUCGGUGAGUCAACAGAGGGUUGAGGAACCCCGUGGAAAGAGAGAGUGAUGUCUUGGCUGUCACCUGUGUCGUGGGCCAAAUGGACGUGGACGGCGGUGCGAGGGGGAGAGGGAGAAGAGGAGGACGAAGAGGGGCAGGAGGCCAGCGAGGAGAGGGAGCAACAUAGAGAGAGAGGAGAGGAAGAGGAGGAGGAGAGAUCUCAAGGCUGCAGCUCUGACUCAGAGGGUCAUUUUGGCACUCCCGAAGCAGCAACUCCUGUCCGCGCCCCUCCGACCAUCCCAGGAGAGCUGGAGAACAACAACACCGAUGCAGACAAAACAGACCUGGAUCGGGAGGAGCACCUGAUAGUGACUGCUCCUGUCAGGGAACAGGAUAUUUUGCUCAGCCACAGCAUGGGUCAGGAUGAGCCUACGGUCCCCAUGGGUUGCCCACUGGAAAUAAACAUGCAAACGCUAGAAUCAGAACAAACAGAGAAUCUUCCAGAAGCUUUUGGCUCGGUGUCUGUCCCUGAUUCAUCCUCAGUGAAGGAAACUCCUGAAGUUGCUAAAUACACAGUGCCAUCCACUGAGCUUUCCCAAGCCCCAGUCAGCAUUCAAGUCGCAGAUCCUGUCCCGGAUCUGAAUCCAGCUCCAGCUCAAUCUCCAGCUCCAGCUCCAACCCCAGAAACAGACUCAGUACAGAGCAGUGAACCUGCACCCAGCCAAGUUCAGGAGCCCCCUGAGGAAAAACCUCCUGCUUUCUCAGGACCAGAGUGCAAUGGCCUCCCCAACCAGACAGAACCUACUCGAAAGACUAAAAGCAGAAAAUCUAAACCUACAUCUCUGAAAAUGAAGGCGUCGCUGAACGAGCUUGAUCAAACAAAUGAGGAACAAGAACUUCCUGUUCCCAAAUCCACCUACAACUUUGACCCUGACCAGCUGGAUGCCAGCUUUAACCCCUUUGCCAGCGGUGGAUCAAAAAUCCCAAACUCUCCUCCACCGUGCGGUUCAAACUCUCUACCCAGACUUGAGUCACUUGGUAGCUCAUUGCCUGUCUGUGAGGCCAGCUCUGUAGCAGAUGCAGAGAUGAUGGAGUCCUCAUCAGAGGCAAAACCUGUGAUGCCAGAGUUCGGUCUGGACGAGGGGACGGUCAGCAAGCCACCACCAAGGAAGUUAGGUGGAAAAAAGACAAUCAGCAAACUCGCAGCUAAGAAGCAGAGGCCCAAAGGAUCAGAGGCCUCCUGCAAACCUGCACCAGAACCCACAGUGUCAGAACCAGUUCCUCAACCAGUACCAGAACCAAUUUCCCAGUCAAUAACUGUUUCAGAUCCUCUUCCAGAAACUUGCCAAACUUUGCCAAUUUUAGACUCCUCUGCCGCUCUGAGCCUUGACGAUGUUCCUAUUCCUAAAACCGGAACGUAUAACUUUGAUCCCAGUCAGUGGGAUGACCCGAACUUCAAUCCAUUUGGUAGCAAUAGCAAGGUGAGCACCUCUCCAGUGCUCCCUAAGAGCUCCUACAGCUUCGACCCAGACAAUUUUGAUGACUCUGUGGACCCUUUUAAACCCUCCAAAAGCCUGAGCACUGAGGACUCGUCCAGUAGCAACACUCAGCCUGAGAAAAAAGUAAAAGACGGAGGCAAACAGAAAGCAGGGCAGUCGCCUGGUGAGAAGAAAGUGAAGCAGAUUCCCAAGAAAAGCAAAGAGAGAACAAUCACGAAUUCCUGUAAAGUAGAGAAAUCUGAUGAAAGCCAGCCCCUGGCGCUUGACGUAUGUAACCAGGGUGAAGACGAGGUGGUGGUUCAGACCCCAGAGAUCACUCAGCGGGUUCAUCACGCCACCGAUGAGGAGAAGUUGGCCUCCACUGCCAUCAUGGGCCAGGCAACAGACAGCCAGGAGGAGAAGGGAGAGCCUGAAUGCAAUAAAGCACCUGUGAAAAAACAGCCAAUCAUUGACAUAUCUGCUAUGGAUGGUCCUGAGACCAAGAUUGCAGAUCAGCAGGAGGGGAAGGACACCUGCAGUCUGAAAGAUGAUUUAAGCGAGAUAUCCAUGAAACAAACAACAAAGGUAACCAGCAGCGAUGCCACAGACACAGUAGCCCUGACCCAGGACAACAUACCUCUGAGUGAGAUGGACAAGGCUGCAGUGCUCACCCUGAUCAGAGAAGAGAUAAUUACUAAAGAGAUCGAGGUCAAUGAGUGGAAGACAAAGUUCGAGGAAAGCAGAGCAGAGGUUUUUGAGAUGAGGAAAAUAGUUGCAGAAUAUGAGAAGACAGUUUCACAGAUGAUUGAGGAUGAGCAGCAGCAGAAGACCCUGUCCUGUAGUAAGUCAGUCAGGCAGUUGACCCUAGAGAGGGACCAGGCCCUGGCUGACCUCAACUCAGUGGAGCGCUCUUUCGCUGACCUCUUCAGGAGGUAUGAGAACAUGAAGGGCGUUCUGGAGGGCUUCAAGAAGAAUGAGGAGGUGCUGAAGAAGUGUGCGCAGGACUAUCUGAUGCGGAUAAAGCAGGAGGAACAACGUUACCAAACCCUCAAGGUGCAUGCUGAGGAGAAACUGGACAAGGCUAAUGAAGAGAUAGCCCAGGUACGUGGCAAGGCCAACGCUGAGAGUGUUGCACUGAACGCCAGCCUGAGGAAGGAGCAGAUGAAGGUGGAGUCACUUGAAAGAGCUGUCCUUCAAAAGAAUCAAGAGAUCGAGGAGCUCACCAAGAUCUGCGAUGAACUGAUUGCCAAACUGGGAACAGAAUAAGAGGCCUUCAGUCGAACUCUCACUGCAACGUGUGAUGUAAAUUCUGUACAUGUGAGCACACUUCAGCACAUCUCAACUUCCUCUUUUUCAGAUCAUGUGUUUUUAAAAAAUAUAUAUAAUAUUGAAAUCCAGAUGGUUUGCACUUGCUCAUAUUAUUUUCAGACUGAAAUAUUAAAACAGAACAAUAAUGUCAAUCAAGAAGCACAAAGUUAUAAUGAGGUGUGUUUGAAUUUUUUUGAAGGAGAGGCAUUGUGGUGCUAUUCCAGCCAUGAUUUAGUGAUUUUUUUAGUUAGGGAUUUAAAGGAUUAUUUUAAGGUUAAAUGAUUUUUCCACUUUCGUCGGUUGAUUCUGGUGUAAAACAACUAACCAGCUUGUUGUGCCGCAGAGAGUUUCCAUUACCAUUUUAUAAAUGUGUCACACAAAGCUGUGGGAAAUAAUGUGGAAUCUAAGGGAAAGAAAAUGUAGAUAGACAUAUUUUACCACAGCGCCUCUACGGUGUAACGCAGAAAGGACAAAACACCUCCUGGAGUGCCUAAACAGCUCAUAGCGUAUUAAGUUUCUUAAAUAUUUCUUGCUGGCUUUUCUCUUGUGAUACAGACAGUUCAGUUCUGCUGAUUACCUUCUUUCAUCAGCAAAUGAGCUGUAAGUAAUAUUACAGAGCAUUUUUCUUAAGUUGCCUUUUACUUUGUUUGUCUUCUUUGUUUCACAGGGUGACAUAGACAGUGAGUGAUAAAGUCCUCACUUAUGCAGAUUUUGAAGUUUAACCACAUCUUGUACAUUACACCCCCAUAAAUCUCUGGGAUUGUUGAAAUUGAAAAGCACUUAAAAGAAUCAUACCUUACACUCAGUCAUAUAAUAUCUUCGUUUGGUGGGAGUUUGACAGUGAUGGGUGCAGAAGCUAGCAAAAACUUUGCUCUUAUUAUACUGUAAUAUUAAACCAUGUGCCAUGUUUCAUUUUCUCUCUCUCUGCAUUUGAGUGUGGAAAAGUUAAAAGCACAUUCUGUCGCUGCCAUGUAGAUAGUUUUGGAUUGUAUUCAUAUUUUAUCUGUGAGACCACAUGUUGUUGCCGUGCCUUUAUUUUCCCCACGGGUGUUUUAGUUCCUCCAUGCAGUUGUUUCCAAAGUCUGUUGCCAAAGUGUACUGUAUACUGUAGAUUUCUUGAAUGAUAAAAAUACCCUGAAAAACAGCGAGUUAUAAUGGGUUUGCAGUUUUGAUGCCUUUACCUGCAGUAAUAGAUCUUUGAGCCAUGUGUGUACAUGAUGGUCAAUGGUAGAGGCCUGUGUUUUGGCAGCAGAUGAUCAUUAUGUAGUAAUAUCUCCACUGAACAAUCUCUGGACCGAUUGAACUUAAAGGAGCACAUAAGUGCAAUUUCGGUCAGAAAUGUAUCAGACAUAAAUGACAGGGUUUUUUUUUUUUUUUAACGUCAUCACAAUCAAUUGCCAAAUGUCAGUGUAAAAAGAGAUGGGUUUCAGUGUGACUGUGUGACUUGUAGUAGCGUUACAGUAGUCUGAAGGUGCUUUUCAAUGCAAAACUAUCAUUACAUUACAAUAUGUGUAAAUUUUAUACCUUAUGAAAAGAGUAUUCAUAAUUUUUUUUCCUAAUAUUUGUAAAAUUGAAGAAUUAAGUAUACUCAGAUUGUAUGUUAACUGCUAUAUUUUGUGCAUUCCUGAAUAAAUGGU